UACACCGUCUUAACAAAAUUAAUUUAACUGAAAAACACUGAUAAACAGUUAAACUUUAUCCUUGUUUACAAGGAAAAUUGCAUGCUUAUGUUGAAAUAUUAACCUCUUUCUUCUUAGAAGUAACUAUUUAAAGCUAAAGGAAUGCUAAUAUAUAUGCUGCAGUAUAAUGUAUUCAGUAAGUCACGAGUAACCGUUGGACAUUAAUUUCUAGAACAUCUUGUAUUUCUUUUCGUGAACUUAAACAUUGUUUUAAAACGUAUAUAUUCACACAGGAUUCAUUUGGAAUAUAGAAAUGGAGCCCAUGGAAAUGGAAGAUUUUAACAGGCCUGGAAAGAAAACGUGUAACAAACAGGUUCUCCUGAAAUACGGUGUGUUAUGUAUUGCUGUGGCAGCUAUAGUUGUUACUGUAGCAAUAGUAGAAGCACAACGGUCCAAGGACAUGAAGAGUUUAAUCGACAAAAUUUCAACGGCACCUGAAAAGUCAUCUCAAACAGGCACUCUCGGGCUAAGUUCGAACAAACAAGUGCAAUAUAUAUUAGAAGGAAAUCGCCAUGACGAUCAGUUACAAGAAUGUCAAGGGCCAACGUUCAAAUUGUCUUUCUCUGACGUAGACUAUGCUCUUCUUGGUUACAAUAUUCUCAGAGGAUAUCCACUUGCAACUGGUCAUGACCCCGGCUUCACUUAUCCAAUAUUUCGGGCAGAUUAUUCAUCGGGGGGUCAAACGGCUGACUGCAGAUAUAGUGUCCCAGAUGGUCUUGUUAUUGUACCAGACGUGUCAUGCGUUACGUCUUUCUCCUCAACGACUGUUAGAAAUAGGUUCGAGUUUGCAAAGGCCCUAUCGGCGUCUGCCCAUGUCGAGGGAGGUGGUUGGGGUGUGAAGUUUUCUGCGAGCACUGGGUACAAACAGUCGUCUUCAGAAAUUUCAAAGGGAGAAAGUGUCUACAUAAUUUCAUCCGCAAAAUGUCAAUAUUAUUUCAGCAAGAUUAUUUUCAGUGCAGCUCCUCGUUUCGAUGAAGUAUUUAUCCAGUGGAUGCAUAAGCUGAAUAACACAAACAUCGACGAAACUUAUUUUCAAUUUAUUGAUACCUAUGGUACACAUUUUCCAACAGAGGUAACAUUUGGCGCUAGUUUUACUUAUGAACAUAAGAUGUCAGCCAAAGAGUUUCAAAACCAAACGGAAAAGGGUGUAAAUGUUGCUGUGGAUGCCAGUUAUUCCGGUCUCAUUAAUAUAGGUGGUGGAUUUAAUCUUGAUAGUUCCCAAAGGCAGUCUGCAUCUGAAUUUUCAAAAUAUGUUGAAACAAAAACAAUUACCAUAGGCGCAGCUCCACCGUCAAAUGGGGAUGCCAUGACCUGGGCUUCAGUCGUUAAAACAAGUCCUGUCCCCACGUCUUACAAGCUUGCACCAAUUGAGUCCCUUUUCACGGACAGGUUCAUGAAAUCGCUGAAUAUAGAUCAUUUAAGAAUUCAUCACAAAAUCUCAAAUCUGAAACAUAAGUAUUGCACAUCACUUCAGGUCACAGGUCAAGUUGAAUCAUGUAGUCAGUUGGCUCCCGGCAUAACACUAGAGAACACUAAAUUAGAAGUAUAUGCGGCAACGAAUCAAUCAGUGGCGUCAAUUUCAGAAUGCCUAGAAGUGUGCUUGCAAAAUAUUAAGUGUGUUGCCAUUUCAUACUGUGUGACAUGUUCUGAUGGUGACAGCGACCACAAACAAUGUUAUAUGUUCAAUGAAAAAACAUCAACGAACUACUAUUCAGUAAAAACAGACGAAAAUACUGAUGUUUGGCAAAGUUACGUCUUCGCAGAUAAGAUCAACCACACAUUAGCGUUUGCGAAUACGGAAGUAGUUGGGAUUCCCCGCGGUUUUGUUAAUGAUGACGACAAAAAGGCCAAUGAAACUGAAUGUGAACGCUUGUGUAAAAUUGAUGCGUUUUGCGUUGCGUAUACCUAUUGUUAUUGCAUCGACCAAGUCUCGGAUUGCCAGCUUUACAGUGAAGGCCAGAUUAGGGGUCUUAAUUGGAAAUCUGACACCAAAACCGUCUUCAUAUCCAGUAGGUUUUACGGAACGCCGAUGACUUCCACUUUACCGAGUACUACUCCAAGUGGUAAAUAAGUAAAUGAGUUACCUGUAUCAUUGGAAAAACUAUAAAAUAUGUAGUUUUGAACAUAUAUGUAUAUGUCUACUUUUAUUCUUAGCUUUAUUUCUUUUCUAUACUUUCUUAUGUCUAAAACAUACAUUGGCAUUUUAUAUUAGUUUAUUAGUGACGCUUAAAUGAGGAAUCACAUGCUUUGUUUAUGUAUACAUACACAUAAGUGACAUUAAAUUUUCUGAAUACUUUGAACCAAAAGACAGUGAAAUGUUUUACCAAGUUCGGCGUUUAUGUACAUAUAUAUUCACGUUUUUUUAUUCUGUUUUGUUUGUUUGUUUCAUUUUACGCCUUUUUCCAACAGUACUUCAGUCAUAUAGGCGGGUAGUUUCCUAACCAUCGUUCCUGGAGAGUUACACCAGUACUAGACUACCUACCUCCGCGCUAAACUACCAAAGCAUCUCCCGGGGAUCGAACCCACGCCAGAGAAGUAACUGGAUUAGAAGUCAUCGACUCUAACCCCUCGACCACGGAGGCGGGUUUUUUUUAUUCUUAUAAUCAAGAUUAAAAUCAAGUAUCUAAUAUUUACGGUUUCGUUAUUCUCAUAAACAUGAUUAGAGA